AUGAAAAUUUUCAGUCAGCUUUGGAUCUACCGAAGGUUCCUACUGAUUCUCUUCACUCCACUGCUUUUACUUCCACUGCCUCUCAUCAUUCGAACCAAAGAAGCAGAAUGUGCAUACACGCUGUUUGUAGUUGCGAUCUUUUGGCUCACAGAAGCUUUGCCACUGGCUGUUUCAGCUUUACUGCCUGCCUUAAUGUUCCCAAUGUUUGGUAUUAUGGCAUCCAAGGAGGUGGCAGCUGCUUAUUUCAAAGAUUUUCAUUUGCUAUUAAUUGGAGUAAUUUGUUUGGCCACAUCAAUAGAAAAAUGGAAUUUGCACAAGAGAAUUGCUUUGAAAAUGGUGAUGAUAGUGGGUGUGAACCCUGCAUGGCUUACGCUGGGUUUCAUGAUUAGCUGUGGCUUCUUGUCUAUGUGGCUUAGCAACACCUCUACUGCUGCUAUGGUGAUGCCAAUUGUAGAGGCUGUAGCUCAGCAGAUCAUGGGUGCUGAAGCAGAAGUCGAUGCCUUAGAGAUGAAUUGUGCAACUGGAUCCACCAAUGAGGCAUUGGAACUUGAUGAAAGUGUUAGUGAAUGUGAAGCUAGUGACUGGAAAGAGAAAACAAAAGAAGUUAAUGGAUACACCAAUGGUGAGGGUCACACUGUGUGCAAGAUUGAAAAGGAAAAGAAUCUGCCCCCAGCUGAGACAGGAAGGAAAUACAGAAACCAGAAAGACCAGAUGAUGUGCAAAGUGAUGUGCUUGUGUAUUGCUUAUUCUUCUACCAUUGGAGGGCUGACUACAAUCACAGGAACAUCAACAAAUUUGAUUUUUGCUGAGCAAUUCAAUACACGCUACCCAGAUUGCCAAUGCAUCAAUUUUGGAUCCUGGUUUAUACUUUGCAUCCCCAUCACUAUUAUUAUUAUGUUGCUCUCCUGGGUCUGGCUCCAGUGGCUUUUCCUUGGUUUCAAUUUCAAAGAAAUGUUCCGAUGUGGCAAGGAAAAAACAGCCAGAGAACAGGCCUCAGCACAGGUGAUUAAAGAGGAGUACACAAAGCUUGGACCAAUAAGCUACCCAGAAAUCAUUACCCUUGUCCUGUUCAUUUUAAUGGCCCUAUUGUGGUUUACAAGAGAACCUGGAUUCAUCCCUGGAUGGUCUUCUCUUUUUCCUCAAUACCCAGGUUUUGCUACAGAUUCAACAGCUGCCUUAAUAAUUGGCCUCCUCUUCUUCAUUAUUCCAGCAAAAACUUUGUCUAGGACUUCAAAUGGAGAAAACACUAUUUUUGAUUACACUCCUCUGAUUACUUGGAAGGAAUUUCAGUCAUGCAUGCCCUGGGAGAUAACGAUUCUUGUUGGUGGAGGUUUUGCACUGGCAGAGGGCUGUGAGGUUUCAAAACUAUCAGCUUGGAUAGGAAGUAAAUUAACCCCUCUGGGAUCAUUACCAAUGUGGUCGAUUAUCCUAAUAUCAUCUCUGAUUGUCACCUCAGUAACAGAAGUGGCAAGCAAUCCCGCUACCAUCACUAUAUUCUUGCCUAUACUAGCACCUUUGGCUGAAGCUAUUCAUGUGAACCCACUUUAUAUUUUGAUACCGGCUACACUGUGUACUUCAUUUGCAUUCCUGCUUCCCGUAUCAAAUCCACCCAAUGCCAUUGUAUUUUCAUAUGGUCAUUUGAACGUUAUUGACAUGGUGAAAGCUGGCUUGGGUGUUAAUAUCAUCGGAGUUGCUGUAGUUAUGCUUGCUGUCACAACAUGGGCAGUGCCCCUGUUUGAUCUUCAAACAUAUCCAAGUUGGGCACCAGAUCUUUCCACUGUGAAUAACACAGGGCCAUAA